AAUAACACGACCCGGUGUACAUUUACCCUGCUUCCUGAUAGCGCCAGAGCCCUCUUGUGAUUUAAAUUAUUAUACUGCAUUGCAUCGAGGAGUGACAUUAUUAUUUCUUACUGUUUUCCGAUGGAAAUUGUUCAUGACUUAAUUCAUCUUUUCAGAGGGACAAAAUCCGUCUCUGAUGUUUACAAACAUGGAGAAUGUGACAGAGUCUCAGCGCCACGAUAAUUCAACAAUAGAUGCAGCAUAUAAUUCUACGUCUGAACCGAAUGAUUUUGAAGAAUUGGAGGAAAUAGGGGAGUAUUUAUGGAGAAUUCUAUCCCCUGUGAUUUUCAUUGUAGGAAUAACCGGGAAUAUUAUCAUCAUUAUAGUCUUAAAGAAGAUGAACUUCAAACGCAAGCCGCCAUACAUGUUUCUUUUUGUUUUAUCCCUGUUUGAUAUGACUGUUCUAUGCGUUGGUCUCAGUCAGUACUGGGUGCAGAAUACAUUUCAUUUCAAUCUUCGACUAACAGGACAAGCUGGGUGUAAGAUAAGUCUUUUUGUCAUUUACUGGUCUAUGCAGUGUUCCUCAUGGAUUCUUGUGUGUGUCGUUUUCGAGAGAUUCCUUAAAAUCAGGUUUCCAUUGAGGUAUAUGAGAAUUGUGACAAUACGUAAAUGUGUGUGCCUUAUUAUACUAGUGAUGGUUAUAUUAAGUGGUAUAGAUAUGCAUCUGUUGAUCACAAAUGGAAUAAAGACUGAUGGAAAUGAGACAGAGUGCACAUCUUUAAAUAAACGCUAUUUACAGUAUGAUGAAUAUGUUUUUAUUUGGAUUGAUUUUACAUUUCUAUCCGCUCUACCAUUUUUACUCAUGAUCUCAAUGAACGUAGUUAUGAUUCGUGUCCUAAGACAAUCUCGCCAGUUCCGGAGAAAUACCGUCCAAAACUCAACAACGACAAAUCGGAUGAAUAGAUUUGACAGGAGGUUAACAAUUAUGCUUCUAGUCACUAGUAUAUACUUUCUCUCAACUACUGCCCCUAUAGCGGUAUAUUUCAUUGUGGACUCUUAUGUAGAUGUGAAAUCCAAAUAUAUGCAGGCAGUUAAAGAUCUAAUUUGGGCGAGCUUUUAUUUGUUUCAAUUUACAAAUUAUGCCAUGAACUUCAUUCUUUAUAAUUUAUCAAACCAACGAUUCAGGAAAAAGCUUUUAGGAAUUUUGAAAUUUACAGCACGUAAUAUCAGCUUUCAAAAAGGAUCCACCAGAUCGGUCCAGAGGGGUUCCGUGUACAGUGUAGACGUAACGGAAACUUCUUUCGGAUCAGAACCUGAACACGUACAUCAAAGCAAUGGAAGUGCAGUACGCAGCGAGUCUGAGGAAAGUUAUUAAAGAUUAAAUUAUUUUAAAAAAUCAGAGAGGAUAUUCAUUUAAAUAUUAGAAUGAAGUCUACUGUCUUUGAACAGUAGUCUUUUCCUGUUGUGAUAUCAAUUUUACAACAUUGUGUGCCAAGAAUUUUUUAUUGUUAUGUU